AUGCUGUUUCUGAGUGGUUUAAAAGAGAAUGAGCUUUCUCUUCAGUUAUCUGUAAGGUGCUUUGUUCUUCUUCGGGAGCUAAGGCCACGCUGGGGUGAACCCUCACUUCAGCCGGCGACUAGCACCACUACAAACAAGUCUCCUCGUCCAUCCGCUAAAAUGGCCGUCUCCGAGCUUGCUUGCAUCUACUCUGCCCUCAUCCUUCAUGACGAUGAGGUUACGGCCCUGUCCAAUGUAAACAUUGCAAGUCUCAUCUGCAAUGUAGGAGUUGGUGGACCUGCCCCAGCAGCUGGUGGUGCUGCACCUGCUGGAGGGGCUGCUCCUACUAGCACAGUUGCCCCAGCUGAGGAGAAGAAAGAGGAAGCAAAAAAAGAAGAAUCCAAGGAGUCCAAUGAUGACAUGGGCUUUGGUCUGUUUGACUAG